UCAAUGAGGCACCUGCUCCUUGGCUCUCUGGGGAUUCCCGCUGAUCUCCCCGAAAAUGACUGCUUCUGGCAGGACGCGAACCACACCUCCCCGCCGCCCUGGGAGCCCCCUUUCUUCUUGGAGCUUCGUUGGGGUGCUUUUGAUGGCUCUAGUGCUCCAGUUACCCACAUCCUUCGGGAUUUCUUGUGACCCUCCUCCUCCUAUCCAAAAUGGUCGGAAUAGUUAUAUUUCUGGCCCCAUACCUCUUAACACUUUGGUGAGGUACAGUUGUGCCUAUAACUACCGCAUCAUUGGAGAAAAGAAUCUUUUUUGUAUAAGUAAAGACCAAGUGAAAGGAAUCUGGGAUAAAGCUGCUCCUACCUGUGAAUAUCUCAACAGAAGAGCUACUUGCUCUGAGCCCAGAGUGGCAGGGGGACACAAAGAUAAAAUAUCUAGACCACCAUACAGACAUGGUGAUUCUGUGACCUUUACCUGUAAUGCCAACUUCACCAUGAAAGGAACCAAGACCGUUUGGUGCCAAGCAAAUAGCAGGUGGGGGCCGACACCACUACCAACCUGUGAGAGUGAUUCCCCCCUGGACUGUCCACCACUUCCCAUGAUCCCCAAUGGACAUCACACAGCAGAGAAUGUUGGCCUCUUUGUCCCUGGACUGUCUGUGACUUACAGCUGUGAACCUGGCUACUUGCUUGUUGGAGGAAAGACCAUCCAUUGUUUGUCUUCAGGAAACUGGAGUGCAGUCACCCCGCAAUGUGAAGAGCCACAGUGUGACGCUCCAGGACCAUUGCUCAAUGGGCAGAUAAAGGGGCCUGCAAGUCGUCGGGUUGGCGUGACUGUGACCCUUUCCUGUAAUGAAGGAUAUCAAUUACGAGGCCAACCUUCUAGUCAGUGUGUAAUUGCUGGACAGAGAGCUUUAUGGACCAAGAUGCCAAAAUGUGAAGUGGCGGAGUGUGAACCCAUAGGAAAAUAUCUCUAUAAAAAACCCCAGGAUCGAUUGAUUAGACCAGCUGUUAAAUCUUCUUGCGAUGAAGGGUCCCAGUUAGGUGAGAGUGUUUAUCAGCUGUGUCAAGGCGCCAUUCCUUGGUUUAUGGAGAUUCGUCUUUGUAUAGAAAUCACCUGCCCACCGCCCCCUGUUAUCUACAAUGGGACACACACAGGGAGUUCCUCAGAAGACUUUCCAUAUGGAACCACAGUCACUUAUUCAUGUAACCCUGGGCCAGAGAAAGGCAUAGAAUUCAACCUCAUCGGGGAGAGCACCAUCCGUUGUACAACCAAUGAUCAGGAGAGGGGCAUCUGGAGUGGCCCUGCUCCUCUCUGUGAACUUUCCCUCCCUGCUGUUCAGUGCUCACGUGCCCACAUUGAAAAUGGAUACCAGAUAUCGGGCAAGGAAGCCCCAUAUGUCUACAACGACAGUGUGACAGUCAAGUGUGAUGAAGGAUUUACUUUGAAGGGCAGCAGUGAGAUUCGUUGCAAAGCCAAUAACACCUGGGAUCCUGAAUUACCCAUUUGUGAAAAAGACUGCCAGCCACCUUCCGGGCUGCACCACGGUCGGCAUACGGGUGGAAAUGGGGUCCUCUUUGUCUCUGGGAUGACUGUAGACUACACCUGUGACCCUGGCUACUCGCUUGUGGGAAACAAAUCCAUUCACUGUAUGCCUUCCGGAAACUGGAGUCCUUCUGCCCCUCGGUGUGAAGAAGCGCCAUGUCAGCCUGCGGGAGAAGAUGUUCAAGAGCUUCCAGCGGAUUCGCAUGUGGUUCUAGUGAAUAGAUCCUGUCCGGAUGGGUACCAGCUGACUGGGCAUACUUAUCAGAAGUGUGAAGAUGCUGGGAAUGGGGUUUGGUUCCAAAGGAUUCCACUCUGUCAAGCUAUUCACUGCCCACCUCCACUGGUGAUUGACAACGGGAGGCACACAGGUGUGAUGGCAGAACAGUUUCUUUAUGGAAUGGAAAUCUCUUAUGAAUGUGACCACGGAUUCUCUCUUCUGGGAGAGAGAAACAUACGAUGCAUAAGUGAUUCUGAAGGACAUGGAUCUUGGAGUGGACCUCCCCCACGGUGCUUAAAACCGCCUCCUGUGGCCCACUGCCCUAACCCAGAAGUCAAACAUGGAUACACGCUGAAUAAAACUCGUUCAUCGUAUUCCCACAAUGACAUUGUAUAUGUUGCCUGCAACCCCGGUUUCAUCAUGAAUGGCAGUGAUUUGGUUAGGUGCCAUACCAAUAACAAAUGGGUGCCAGGUAUACCAACUUGUAUCAGAAAGGGCUCACUUGCUCCUCUUCUUGGUGGUCUUUCUGCAGGUUUCAUGGUUCUUAUCUUCUUGGUUAGUGUCACCUUGUGCAUGAGAUUAAAACACAGAAAACACAAUUAUUUUACAAAUAAAAGCCCCACAGAAGGAGAUCUUCAUUUAGAGAUACGAGAACUAUACUCUGUUGAUCCACACAACCCAGCAAGCUAACCAGAAGGAGUUCUUAUUUCAGUGUGCCUUCUUGCUUGGAAUGCAGCUGGACACGGGUUGGAAAGAAACCACUUGAAUAUCAGCAAGCCUCUUUGUACGGGCGCCACCUCACUGAAAUGAUUUCUUAAGCUGUCGCUUCCUAUUUGCACUUAUUCUCAAGCAGCACAAGGAACGCUUGCUUGAUGAGAAAGAUGGGAGCCCAGUUUCACGGCCACCUGCUCUUCAAGGACUUUCUGAAGCCUCACCUGGGAUGUGCCUGGAGCCAGGCUUUGGCGAUAAGCCAGUGGUCGGCAAACUCAUUAGUCAACAGAGCCAAAUAUCAAAAGUACAACAAUUGAAAUUUCUUUUGAGAGCCAAAUUUUUUAAACUUAAACUACUUCUAACGCCACUUCUUCAAAAUAGACUCGCCCAGGCCGUGGUAUUUUGUGGAAGAGCCACACUCAAGGGGCCAAAGAGCCGCAUGUGGCUCGCGAGCCGCAGUUUGCCGACCACUGCUAUAAGCAAUUACAUACUAGUCACAAUGAGGAGUCACCUUUUCUAGGAAGGCACUAAAGUGAACUGUCUUUAUAUGCAGACUCUUCCUUUUUUAUAAUCAGCAUACUUACUGUUACCACAUACUUUUGGUUAUAGUGCGGUUUUAAUUAUUUAGUCAUUGUAUGAAUGAUUUCCUGUGGUUUUCAUGGGCAUAUCUUUAUAGAGAAGUCUGAUUUUAUUUUGGUAGCAGUUUUUCUUAAACAUUUCACUUUAAUUUCCACUUGGUUUGAGGUUUUCUCACCCUAUAUACGUUGUGUUUCCAUAAUCACUCAGUAAUUCCAACUCAAACAAGUUUUCUCUUUUAAUUAUGGGAGUGAAAUUUUAAUUCCAGAGUUUUUUGUGUACAAUUUAAUCUUUAGGUAUAUUCUUGGUGCUUUUUUAUCAGAUCUGUUUGCUUGUAAAAUGUCAUUUAAUAAUGUAUACAUUUCAAAUAAAUUUUAUCUUUAA